UUUCCAACCGCAGGUUAGAUUAAUCGGAAAUGAUAAGAGUUAUCUUGUGUCAUUUUGUGCGUGAUAUCACAAGAUGAAAACUAAUAUUAAUGAUCCUUGGCGUGAAGCAGCAGUAAUUACGCAAACGGUGAGGACUGACGAAUCAAACAAUCGAUUUGAAGACUCUUUUCUGGAUAAGAAUCUCGACGAUCAACGGUUGUCUGAUUCAGAGCAGUAUCUGCAAAAACUAUAUUCUAGAUUGAAAGUUCUUCAGGGUGGUACCACAAAGAAGGAUCUUGUAACAUCACUGUCAGUAGCAAAAGAAGAUUGCAUUGCACGUUUAAUUACUUCUGGGAAUAAUCCCUUAUCAGAAGAAGAGGCUGCAUUGGCUUCAAAUCCUCUGAUACGUCAUAUAGCUCCUCACUUACAGGCUUUAACAGCUAGUGAGCUAAUUCAUCUUUUAAAAGCUGAUGUACUUCAAGUAACUACAGAAGCUGAACAAGAACAAAAUAUAGAAAAAACACAGAUAAAUUAAUCAUCAUCAGAGCACAAGUCAGAAAAUAAUAAUAAUUUAAUUUUUAAUCAAUUUGAUUAAGUUUUUGCAAUAUAAAAUAUGUCAG